AUGGCGGCGGAGAGUAGCAGUAAUCGGGGGAAGAAAGAGUCAACGGCAGCAUUAUCAAGCUCGCCGCGCCAAGACGACGACGUUAAGGAUCUCGUUAAAUCCCUUCCACAUUCCCCAAACAAUUCAUCCACUAGUAAGGUCUGCGCAUUCACCACUCGUGCUUUCUUUGAUUCAUGGGCUGUUUACUCCCCUAUGCAUAUAUUUUUACGCACAUACACAUCACACACAUACUUGAAUAUGUUGCUGUGGUGGUUUAUUCAGUUUGUUGAUGGUUUCUUCAGUCCUAUAUAUGAAAGACUUGGCAUCGACAGAGAUGAUAGGGAUGAAGAAUUAUGCUCGGUUUACGUGCCUACAAAUCAUUUGUACAUUGGAGAUGUCUUUCUUGUUAACUCUAAAGAGAUUUAUCCGCCCCAAUUUAUCCAUUCGAGAAGGCAU